AUGGGUUCCCUGACGUCCGAAACAAUGCUGGCUGCUCAGUACAACAAAGUAAGCUUAAUAAAUAACUGCAUGUUCAAUAAAAUUCCGAUUCCCGUGUGCGGAGAUAAUGAAAUUCUUAUCAAGACUAGAUGUGCAUCGCUCUGUCAUUCUGAUUUGAUGCUGUUCUGGGGCCACACUGCAGAGGUCCCUCCGACCGAUCGAAUAACCAUUGGCCACGAAAACACCGGUCAUGUGGUGGCCCACGGGAAAGAUGUCAAGAACUUCAAGAUUGGUGACCCAGUGGGCUGCCUUGGUUGCAGCUACGCUUGCUAUGAGUGUGAAGGAUGCCAAGUCCACAAUCUGUUCUGUGAAAAAGGAACUGGCAGGAUGCAUGGUUUCUCCUGUCCAGGACAUUUUGCAGAGUACUCGCUCGCCGAUAGUCGGAACGCGAUGGUCUUGCCAGACGGCAUGGAUAUGGUGACAGCAGCACCACUAUUCUGCGCCGGCAUUACUGCAUACCAUGCUGUCAGGGGUUGCGAGCUGCAGGAGGGCGAGUGGAUUUCCAUCAUUGGAUGUGGUGGCCUUGGACAUCUUGCAAUCCAGUACGCUAAAGCCAUGGGGCUGAAAACUAUUGGACUCGACAUCUCAAAUUCGCAGCUCGACGCAGUCAAGGCCCUCGGUGCAGACCUUGUUAUCAACACGAUGGAGAAUCCGAAUUACGAGAGCAUCGUCAAGAAGGCCACUAAUGGUGGCUGCCACGCUGCUGCUGUUUUCAGUGCAUCUAACGCUGCUUACGAGAGUGCUCCAAAGACGCUGCGGACGAAUGGCCUUCUGAUGGUUGCGGGUAUCCCCCAGAAGCCGCUGUCUAUAAAUGCGUUGGACAUUUUGCUGGGAAAGUAUCGCAUUGCUGGUAGAAGCAGUGGCGUCCCCCAGAACAUGGCAGAGGCAAUUGCCUUCAGCCACGAGCAUGGCAUCAAGGCACACAUCACUACGUUCAAUGAUAUCCACGAUAUCCAUAAACUAAUAGAGUUGAUGGACUCUGGGAAGACCGCAGGGCGAUUUGGUAUUGUUCUAGGAGAAUAG